UGUUUCGUUGUUCUAGGAUUGAUAUUAUUUUGACAACUUUGACGUAAUGAUUUUUUAGUGCUUUUACUAUUAUAACUCCCUUUUUAUAUUUAUUAAUCAGUCGUUCUGUUUAUUUAAAAUUAGCACAAAGCUUUCAAGUAGGUGCUAUGAAAAUUUCAAGUUAAUAUGGGCGACGGUUUAAAGUUAUCUAAAGAUAAGCGUCACAGGAGCUCCAGCAGCCUGGCUGGAGUCGUGUUAGAGGGGACUCGAUCCGAGCGCAAGCUGGACAUGAAUGCUUCAAUACCGGAGAUGGAUGACCAGUUCACCACAGCUGAAGCAAGAUGCGACGACCUUCAGGAGAAAAUUGAAUUAAUCAAAUCUUUAAAAAGAAAACGAAAACUCAAAAAACGAAGCAUGACUCGAGUAUCUGAUCCGCCAAAGACACCAGACAAGGUACCCUUCAUUACUGUGCGAACGCAACCUAAGAAAAAGGUGUCGCAGCAAGCCUCAAGACUGCGUCGGUUGGAGGUGCCUCCCAACCCCACGCGAGGGUACCUGGACCCUGCCACCGUUGAACAGCAUCGGAUGUUGGGCCAAGUUCGAGGGUACAACCAGGCCUUCAGGCAUCCAGGACAGGAGCACGUUGCGGAUUAUCCAGCGAGCUCAGAACAUCGAGCGUAUCCGAAGCUUCGGCGGCAGCGGUCUCAGGCGGAUGGUGAUAGUAUCUGUGGUCAGCGCGGACAGGACGCCAGUGAUGGAGUGCUGGAGGUGGCUUGUGGACAGGACGAGAUCGGCGCAGAGUAUGACGCCUUCGAUGUCUACCAACAACCCUCGGAGAGUCGCGCUAUAUUACUACCAAGUCUUCCAACUUAUUUGUUUUGUUAUCCGUUAGCCGACCAAAUGCCAGUGCAAUGGCGGGGAGCCCCACCGUCACCGCCGGUUCGUCACCGUGUGCCUUCCAACAAAAGCCAUCAUUCCUCAGGGAAGGAAGCUUUUGCGUCAGGAGCUCAUCAAGUGGAGGAGCGUCCAGUGGUGGAACUGUUCAACAAGAGUCGGAACAGCCCCACGGACGUGAGGAGGCAGACCACAGCGCCCCCGCCUCCUGCACCGCCCGUAGAGAGGAAAAAGAAAGUAUUUCCAGUUCGCCUGCCACCCAAACGUGAAACUGACGAGUCCAUGGGGCCUUUAGAACAGAAUAUGGACCAAAUGGAGAUCAAAAAGGACCAUCACCCACGGCGCGUGAAGUACCGGAGUCGCCGCUACGAGCUGCCAACAGUCGCGUCUCAGAUGAAGCAAGCCGGCAUGAGGUACUACUACGGCACCUCCAACCAUACCAACAUACCCUUCGUGGUGAGCAAGAGCACAGCGCCCUCACAUAACAUCGGAGUUAAUAUACAACAGGUUUUAAAUGGGCUCAAAAUACAACAGCCGUUGUCUGGCAUACCCCUUACAAUCGCGCAUCAUAUGGGUUUGGGCCACGUACCUUCGUACGGGAUGAAGAGUGCAUCAGUCCAACCCUCGCUCGACCACCGCGAGAUAAACGCGAUCCGCCUCGGCCGGCGGUUGCUGCGACUGCCCUCCUACAAGUACAUGUCGUACAACCGUCUUCUCACGUUGUACCGUGAGGGAGACGGCAUGGUCCCACGGUUCCUGAGGGCUAUCUCCCGUCCGCACUACUUCUAUACUUCUAUGUACAACAGUCUCGCGACAAAUCGCGAUGACUUCGACGGCGCCACGUCCAAGGGGCGCGGCGGGAGUCACGAGGCCAAACAAAGUCUUGCGGAGUACGCAAACCUUUAUAGGGAGUACGAACAUAUCGACAAAUGUAUUAAAGAAGGGAAUUAUGAACCGGAGCUGGAACAGCGCAGGGAUGAGCUCACCAAGGAGUUGGCGGCACGAGAGGAACAUAUACGCAGGGUGGUACAAGAGUUCAGAGCGUCAGGCGAGGCGGAGCAGCCCCUCCGGGCGACCGCGUCCACAGCCGAGGAGGGCUACAGGCACUCUGCCUACAAAAUAGGGGAUCCACAACAGUAAUCAGUCUACGGAACCUACCAAGCACUAGCCCGAUGACGUAUGCGCUAUAAAAACGUCCACGAACACCUUUAACGUGCCCUAGAAUUUACGUCAGUUUCUAUCGAGCUGAAACUACUUAAAAAUGUUCAAAAAUGACAAACUUCUUCUUCUCUCUUCUCAGCUAUUAAUCCCACUUGAUAAAGGUUGAAGCCUU